AUGAAACUGCAUGUCAACUUAUUUCUAUGGACAUUUAUUGUGAACACAAACUGCUGCGCUGCAAUAUAUUGGCUUGGACUUACUGUCAAUGGGAGCUCUGUAGGCUGGAAUCAAACUCAUCAUUGCAAGUUACUAGACGGGUUGGCCCCGGAUCAGUUACAACUUUGUCGGCGAAAUCUCGAGCUGAUGCACAGUGUUGUCCACGCGGCCAAACUGACAAAAAAUACCUGUCAAAAGACCUUCGGUGACAUGCGCUGGAACUGCUCCUCUGUUGAAAAAGCUCCUCGUUUUACACCAGAUUUAGCAAAAGGAACCCGGGAGUCUGCGUUUGUGUUCUCACUAGCUGCUGCCAUAGUAAGUCACUCAAUCGCCAGAGCCUGCUCUUCUGGAGAGCUCCCAAGUUGCUCUUGCGCCCCAGCUCCGGCGGAACAGGCCGGGCCCGACUUUAGAUGGGGGGGAUGCGGUGACAACCUACAUUACGGUCUCCAAAUGGGAUCUGCUUUUUCUGAUGCACCAAUGAGAAACAGCAGAUCAGGCUCUCAAGCGUUCAGACUGAUGCACUUGCACAAUAAUGCCGUUGGAAGACAGGCACUUAUUGAUGCCCUGGAGACCAAAUGCAAAUGCCAUGGUGUGUCUGGGUCUUGUUCAGUCAAAACAUGUUGGAAGGGCCUCCAUGAUAUUAACCACAUUGCCACGGAUCUAAAAACCAAGUACCUGUCUGCAACCAAAGUAAUCCAUCGUCAUGUCGGGACAAGGAAACAGUUGGUCCCGAAAGAGUUGGAUGUUCGGCCAGUGAGAGAGAGUGAGUUGGUCUACCUGGUCAGCUCUUCUGAUUAUUGCACACCUAAUGACAAGUACGGCUCGCUUGGCACACAGGACAGACAGUGCAAUAAGACAUCCAGCGAGAGUGGGAGUUGCAAUCUAAUGUGCUGCGGUCGUGGCUACAAUGCCUACACUGAGAGGAUUGUGGAGAGAUGCCAGUGCAAGUAUCACUGGUGCUGCUAUGUCACCUGCAAGAGGUGUGAAAGGACAGUGGAGAGAUAUGUAUGCAAAUGAACUUUGCCCAGAGAGACUUGAGUAAACAUGAAGCACUAUUUUCCAUACCAUAUUGACUUGUCAAAAUGUACUGACACAGAGGUCACAAUUGAAUUCUCUGUGUAGUACUACAAAGCCUAAUGAAAAACCAAGAAGAGCAACUUGCGAACUACCAACAUAAAAAGCUGGAUAUGUUUUACUUGAAGGGCAAAAUGUGAUUGAUUGUUAGCUAUUCUUGCUUGAUUAGUAAAAUCUUCAAUUGAAGACAAGUUGAAUAGAUUACAAAGGGCAUGAAUCACAACAAAGACUGCUUAGAAGCAGAAAUGCUAUCCACCUAGUUGGCUUUAAAAAAACCAACUGAUGAUGAAAAGCUUUAAACAAUUUCCAUCUACUCAUUAACUGAAAUUGCUCAUGAGUGGCUGAAUGGUUGAUGUUCCUAAUUUGAAUAUAUUUUCCAGUUUAGUACACAGAGGCUCAGCAAUUGUAGU